AACAAAAAAUAAUUCAAUUUAAACAGCAAUUUGCUACCGGCACUCAGAUUCCUUUCCUCCUGAAGGUUGAAGCUUCAUUCGAUUCGAUAUUGAUCCAAGCGAAACUAAAUUGUUUCUAGAUUAUUUGUAGCCUAUAGAAUGAAGCUGAUUUCCCCUUUUCACAGUGUCUUCACAGUUGCUAUCUGCGGCAUCCAUUCCGUUGUUUUAUUCCGACGAGAUGUUGCGUCGUUCACACCUGCAAGUAUUACCAGUAGGAAAGCCACCGUCAUCCAGCCAAAAGAUGUUAAAGUUCAAUUGAAUACGGUUCACAUGUCGGACAAAUCCUCCAUCAUGACCCCGUCCUCGUCGUCCGAAUCGCCUAACGAAGGGGUUUCACGCGUCGGCGUUGCAUCGGAUGCGUUUCUUCGAGAGUUCUUUCAAUCGGACAUCGAUGAUGUGAAUCUGCCUCCAAGCAUGUCAAUAAUUCGAAGAAGUAUCGGGCAAUUAGCCUCUGGUUCUGAUAUUCGUGGUCAAUUUGUUCCACAUCCAGUGACAGGACGAAUGGCUUCUUUGGCUCGUUCUAUUGGCCAAACAAAACUCCCAGCACUGACACCCUUCGCAGCACAUUGUUUAGGCUUCGCCUUUGCAACUAUGGUGAAAGAAGAGCAGCAACUCAAAGGGAAGGAAGACGAAGAAGUCAUUGUAUGCAUUGGCCGCGACCCAAGAGAACACGGAUCAAUAUUAGCGGAUUCUUUCGCCAGAGGAGCGGGCGGAUUAAAUGGAGUGAAAGUGUGCUACGCAGGCAUUGCUACGACCCCUGCUCUAUUCGAAUUUUGUCGGUAAGUUGGACUUUGCUAACUUGUUAGAAGUAGGAUAUUCAAAAUACUUUUUCUUAAAAUCGUACCCUUCUAAAGCGAUUUGCUUUCUUGAAUCCGUCACUAGAUCUUCUUUGUGCCAUGGAGGAGUCAUGGUAACAGCCUCUCACUUACCUGGCGAUCGGAAUGGCUUCAAGUUCUUCGACUCAUACAAUGGUGGAUUUCAAAAAUGGCAAAUCAAAAAAAUGCUCGACAUUGCCCAAGAUCACGCGCAUGUUUGGUUCAAUAUGGGAGUCCUCCCGCCGACUAAUGUUGGUCAUGUCUAUUGUGACGAACAGGUCAAUUGGAUGGAGUGUUAUCAGGAAAAACUGAAAUCUGCUUUGUUGAAACAUGUAAAGAUGCAAUCAAACAAUGAGCAACCUCUACAGGGGCUCAACAUUGUUUUGAAUGCAGGCAAUGGAUCAGGUGGUUUUUUUCAGAAGGUACUGGCGGAUUUAGGGGCAAAUGUCGAUGGAUCCAUCAAUAUCAAACCAGAUCCAUCUUUUCCAAGAGGUGUUCCGAAUCCAGAAAACAAGAGCAUGAUUCAAGACACAAUUGAAGCCUGUGAAACAGCUCACGCUGACAUUGGGAUUCUCCUUGAUACAGAUGCCGAUCGAUUUGGGAUGGUCGCACCUAGGGUUUUUUCCAAAAUCAUUACUUCGCAAGAAGGAAAAGAAGUUCUUUUUCAGCCAUCGGGUUAUGAACCAGUUAAUAAAAAUCGCCUAAUUGCGUUGAUAGGUGUGAUCUACGCUCGCCAGUCUCCCGGCUGUAGCAUUGUAACUGAUUCUGUGACAUCCAACGGACUCUCUAAGUUUCUAGAAGAAGAUCUGAAUUUGAAUCACAUACGAUAUUUACGAGGAUAUGCCAACGUCAUCCAAAAAGCGAAGUCUGUGAACUCAGAAAUGUCUGCUAACGCAGAAGUAGCCAUUGAAACCUCUGGUCACUGUGCACUUAGGGAGAACGACUUUUUGGAUGAUGGAACUUUUACUGCUAUCAAAGUUUUAGGGUUAUUAGCACAAGAAAUGAAGGAAAUGGAAUCGUCGACACCAAAGAAAAAUUCCCUCCUUGAUCUUCUAUCAAAUUUAGAGGAACUGGAUGAAGUAAUUGAGUUCCGAUUGCCCGGCAAAGACGGAAGUUUAGAGAGUGUUUUGAGACUUUUUGAUUUAAUAGCUCUCGAUAUCGAAACUCAUUGUGAGGAGCAAUCGGAAUGGUCAAUCGACCAUGAAAAUUUAGAAGGAGUACGAGUCGGUACAGGAAAGGAUGGUGGAUACUUCCUUCUACGAAAGAGUCUCCACGACCCUGUGAUGUGUCUUCAAGUGGAAGCAUCGAGCAAGAAGGUUGCAAAGCAGUUGAUUACCGACCCCCUGCUAGGUUUGUUCCGAUCUGAGCCACAGGUUGCAGAAACUUUGGACCUGUCAGCAUUAGAGCAAUACUAAGGUGGAUUUGUAAUGCGAAGAGACUCGUUUUUAAAGUAACGGCACACUCUUUGUUUAGUAGGAGAAGAAUCUAGUUACAUUGUGCUGAAUUGAGAUUAAGUAAUAAUUCAUAUGGGUGCAA